CGCGGAGGUGGUCGCAGAUGGUCCUCCUACUGCGGCAUGAGCACGUGCCGUUACGGCUAACAGUCGCGUGUCAUCUUUGGCCGGCAGACGCGGUACGGCAGAAGCACCUGUUUUCGCGAACGAUAAAGUAAAGUUUCACUCGCACAUUAAACGAUCGUGUCGUUUUGUUGCGCUUUAUCAUUUUAUCGUGACAUCAUUGUGCGAUUAUAUCGUGGAUCGGUUACAUUUAACAAUUCGCGCUCCACAAAGAGAGACGCUUUGCAUGAAGAAACUCUUCGCCGAUCGCGAUCACUGAUGGCAAAUGCAAUGGAACAAUCGUAGAGAAGCAGUUGAUCGCAAAAUUUGUAAUGUAGUACACACAUAUAUUGUAUAUAGUGUUGUGUUGCAACAUUUUCUCGUUCAUUGAUUAUUGUACAAUUGUUGACAUUUCACGACUACUCAACCAAAGGAUCAGCGCUGAUCGGGAAACAUAACACGAUCACUUUUCUAAAUCAAGCAAUCUUCGCAGAGAAAACAACAACGCUGGGAUAUCGACUUCCUGGGUGUUGAUCGUGUCAUCAGACAUGGCCUGGUUUUCGGAGAACGACACAAAGCCGCUGGAUGGCGGUAAUUAUGUUCUGAACAUUUUGAACUACAUUAACGAGCUGAACGAGUCGUUCAGCGCCGAGCAGCUCAAGUGUCUCGAACAGGAGCUGCAUCAGGACGAAAACAAGAGACAGGAGGAACAGGAAUGUGAAGUGAACUGGGACACUAUACUGUGCUGGCCUCGGACGCUUGCUGGCACUCUGGCUACCAUCCCCUGCUUCGACGAGCUCAACGGAAUACCAUACGACACCACUCAAAAUGCUAGUCGAUGGUGUUGGCCCAACGGGACGUGGUCUAGUUACUCUAAUUACUCUCUGUGUCGCGACCUGCGACUGCUGACUGUCGAGCCCGAGGUGGAAACUACAACCACACUAUAUUUCAUCGGCUACAGCCUUUCCUUAUCUUUUCUGAUAGUGGCAGUCUUCAUAUUUCAUUUCACGGGUUUGCGGGGCCUUAGAAAUCACAUACACAAGAAUUUAAUGUUCACAUAUAUUUUGACUGACCUGAUGUGGAUCUUGACCACUAUGGUGCUUAAGGUGACAAACAAACCGAUUUGCGUGACGUUUUUCUCUCUUCUUCACUAUUUCCAUUUAACGAAUUUUUUUUGGAUGUUUGUUGAGGGUCUAUAUCUGUAUUUGUUAGUUGUGAAAGCAUUCAAUGUCGAGAACAUCAAGCUGAGAUUUUUCAUAAUGAUUGGCUGGGGUAUUCCGUUGCUUGUGAUAGCUACGUGGGCAAUCGCUAAGUCGUUGGAUCAGGACGCCACGAGCCAGGCUAAUCAGGAAGUGGCACUCUUCUGGAGACACUGUCCCUGGAUGAUACCGCAUAGUUACGAUUGGUUUUAUAAGGCACCUGCGAUAGCAGUUCUCGUAAUAAACGUAAUGAUCCUCUGCACGAUUAUGUGGGUAAUAAUGACGAAAUUGUGGUCCCCCCACAAUGUAGAAACUCAACAAUAUCGGAAAGCCAGUAAAGCUCUCCUGGUGCUGAUACCGCUUCUGGGAGUGACAUAUGUGCUAGUCAUUGCGGGACCCACCGAAGGCCAAGCUGGAAAUGCGUUCUCCUACGUACGCGCGUUGAUGCUUUCUUUACAGGGAUUCGUCGUGGCGGUUUUUUACUGCUUUCUUAAUACCGAGGUGCAGAACGCGAUCAAGCAUCAGAUCUCGCAAUGGAGCGCCGCGCGAAAUCUCGAUUCCCGCCGAAGAUACUACAACAAUUGGUCCCCUCGUUCAAGAACGGAGAGCAUAAGGUUGAACCAACCGUCGAAUCCAUACCAGAAGCGAGAGUCCACGGCGACUCCGUUGAUGAACCACGUUCUUCCUGAAGCAUGCAACUAUGCGAAAACUACUGGAAUUCGGCGCUUUCCUCUGAAUUUUCACAUAGGCUUCUCAACGAAAAGAACUCAGCGAGAGAAUGAAGCAAUUACUCACGAGCAAUGAUAUUCAUUUAUUCAAUACACGUAUCACGAAUGAUUAUUUCUCAUUCCCGACACCUCCAUACACAUGCGAUAUUAUGAUAUUAAGAAAAAUGUAACGUAAUUUCAGAAUCUCAAUUACGUGUAUAAUUCGGAAAAUAUAGGUGCAAUCGGAAGAAUCGAUGGGAACUUAUUUUCUGAAAUUUAGAUCAUGCAAUUUUUGUAUAUAGAUAUAGAUACGUGCAUAGAUCAUCACGAACGAUCACAUUAAAUUCAUAUCAACAGAGACCAAUUAAUGAUAUCUUUUACUGCGAAUUUUCAUUCAUUAAGAUUAAAAUAUUAUUAAGGGAGACUAGAAAUGACGAAAAACAGAAUAUUAUAGACACAACUACCGGUAAUGUACAAAGCUUUGGUAUGCAUAAUUAAUUUCGUAAAUCGAUUAAAUUUUGAUAUAGUAUAUAUAUUUCCAAAUUUUGAAUUUAAUAAAUUUAAGUUUACAAUAAGAAAUAUUUAUGUAUAUAAAAUUAUAUGUAUAUAAAAAAGAUGUAUUAUAUAAUGUUAAGAUAAAAGAUAUAACGCUAAAAUGGAUCGGUGCAUGGCUCAUAUCAGAAUGAAUCGAAAUAUCUUCGACGUAUAAAGACAGUCUCUAUUUUUAAUUUAUUGUCGUUUUAUAAUAGUGUAACUGACGAUUUUACUAUAAUAUCUCAAAUGAAGAGAGAUUAGCGCAUAAUUAUAUACUUAAAAUACUCAUGAAGGUGUACCUGGUAGGGCAUUACAGAUUUAUAACUCAGAAAUAUUUCUGAUCCGAAUAAUUCUGUUUUACCUUACUUGUCUAAUUACAAACACAUUCCAAUGGUAUCUCAAAGGUCAAACAAUUUCCGACACUUCGCAAGCUAGCGGAACAAUUUACAUUGGAGUGUGACUUUAACAGUUGAAAUGAGAAAUGUUUUCUUAGUUUAAUUGGUGUUGAAAAUUGGUGUUAUUUAUACAAUAUACGCGCGGAAUUAUCUGAAACUGUUUCGUAGAUCUCAUGAAAUAUGUAUUAUUUGUACGUCUAUGUAUAUAAUAUAUAAAAUUUAAAAUCU